AUGAUAGUGGGUGAUCAGAUUUCCUGGUUCCAAGUCCAACCCUCUAAAUACAAGCAAACCACGUCCCAGGCACGCCAUCCGCCGCGAAGAAGGGGUCAGCAGAGCCGCCGUGGCUUCCACUGCUCUGUCUACCUGACUGCCCGUGACCCCCACGUGCUUUUUCUAGAUGGUACGGCCCUUCUCUACUAUCGCGAGACUACGGGGCGUGGUGCUUCUGGUUGCCAGGGGAACAGCGUUCCUGGAGGACGCUGUGAAUGUGAGCGACGCGCUUCCGCGCCCGUCAGCUCCGACCCCACCUGGUUCCCCGAGUUCCCGCCGGGAAGGAUAUCAAUGGAUAUUAUAAAGGGAAACCUAGAUGAAAUUUCAAAACCAGCCUCAAAUUCAAGAACACGUUCUGGGAGUAGAAACUCAACUACUUCUUUGGAGGUGCUGUCACCGGAACCAGGGUCCUUCAGGGUUGAUACUGCAAGUAAGUUGCACUAUGGUAAAGAGGACCAUUCAUUUAGCAGUAAUGCAGAGAAAAGAAGAAAUAGUAAUGAUGAGAAAGGACAAAACUACACUGAGAAAAUAGAAUUGACCAAAGAGGGAUUAGAGGAAGAUCUGGACUUGGUUCAACAUCAGCUGUUACCCGAGUGUCCAGAAGAACCCAAAUUAACAGAAUUAGAUUCUCAACUUCAAGAUGCUAUAAAGAAGAUGAAGAGACUUGAUAAAAUACUGGUGAAGAGACAAAACAGAGAAAAACAAAUUAAGAAGCAAGGUCUAGAAUUGAGAAUAAGACUGUGGGAAGAACUCAAGUCUGCAAAAAAUAGUGAAGAUUUGCAAAGUAAUGAGGAGACAGAAAAUACAAAAAAGUUUCUAUCUUUGACUGCUACAUCUGAAGAAACUGUUGAUCCUUCUCAUUAUGAGGAUGAAGACACCUUCUUCUCAGUAUUUCACACUCAGGUCCCUCCAGCGGACUAUGAAAGGCGUAUGCAGAAUAUCAAGCAAGAUUUUACCUAUGGUGUGGAAAGAAAUGAGUCAUUGAUCAAUGCAGAAAAGAAACCUUUCUCAAAUGCAGAAAAGAUUGAGCUCAGGGGUAAACACAACCAGGAUUUUAUUAAGCGGAACAUUCAGUUGGCCAAGGAUUCAAGAAAUCCAGUGGUUAUGAUUGACAGAGAGAAGAGAAGGCUGCUCGAACUUUUGAAGGACUUAGAUGAUAGAGAUUCGGGGCUGUCCAGUUCUGAGGGUGAUCAGUGUGGCUGGCAGGGGCCAGGAGAAGGCUACACAUUUGCAGUCACCCAGCAUCAGCAGCUUGCUGAAAUCGAUGCGAAACUCCAGGAGCUCCUUGCAGCCUGCCCAGCAUUUUCCAGCUUUUCUCCGCAACUUGAAAGUCAGAAUGAUCAGGAACCUGACUUUGACAUUGAAAGAAAUAUGGAGAUAACUCCAGGAGAAAAAGUACUUCAGAACACCAAAGAGCAACGGGAUCAGCAAAAUCGACUGAAAGAAAUAGAUGAAAAACUGAGAAAAAUGAAGGAAAAUGAUCCUGACAGAGUCUUCAUGCCUUGUGACCCUGUGCAGUUGGGUCAUUCCUACUGCUUGGUGACCAUGGACAGCAGCACGGACCCAGAGCCUGACAUAGAUCGAAGGCCACCUAAGGGGAGUCAGGCAACCAUCUAA